UCACAAGCUAUCAUGACUUCACCCACGAGUUGUCUCACUUGGUUCUUUACUUCGUCUAUCUGGCCAUUGGCGAGUUCGUCACCAUGUACAUCGCCACCGUCGGUUUCAUCUACUCUGGAGAGCACAUCAGUGGAAAGAUUCGUGAGCACUACUUGGAGAGCUGCAUGAGGCAAAACAUUGGUUUCUUCGAUAAGCUUGGCGCCGGUGAGGUCACCACUCGCAUCACUGCCGACACCAACUUGAUCCAGGAAGGCAUUUCGGAAAAAGUCGGCUUGACGCUCCAGGCUCUUGCUACCUUCUUCGCCGCCUUUGUCAUUGGCUUCGUUAGCUUCUGGAAGCUUACCCUCAUUCUCUUGAGUACCGUUGUCGCCUUGACCCUUGUCAUGGGCGGUGGUUCUCGGUUCAUCAUCAAGUUCUCCCAGCAGAACAUCGCUGCUUACGCCGCAGGUGGCUCGGUUGCCGAUGAAGUUAUUAGCAGUGUUCGCAAUGCUAUUGCCUUUGGCACCCAGGACCGCCUGGCUCGUCGGUACGAUGCUCAUCUUACUCGCGCCGAGUACUUUGGCUUCAGGCUCAAGGGCUCUCUUGGUGUCAUGGUCGCCGGCAUGAUGACUGUUCUGUAUCUGAACUAUGGUUUGGCCUUCUGGCAGGGCUCCCGCUUCCUUCUCAGCGGCGACACCGAGCUCCGCAAGAUCCUGACUGUUAUGAUGAGUGUGAUGAUAGGAGCUUUCAACCUCGGUAACAUUGCCCCGAACUUGCAGGCUUUUGCUACCGGCCUGGGUGCUGCUGCUAAGAUCUACAACACUAUCGACCGCGAGUCUCCUAUCGACUCCUCCAGCGACGAGGGUGCCAAGCUCGAGAAUGUUACCGGUACCAUCCGUCUGGAGAACAUCAAGCAUAUCUACCCCUCCCGUCCUGAUGUCGUUGUCAUGGAGGACGUCAGUCUCGUUAUCCCUGCUGGCAAGACUACUGCCCUUGUGGGCGCUUCUGGCUCAGGCAAGUCCACCAUCGUCGGUUUGGUCGAGAGGUUCUAUACUCCCAUUGAAGGAAAGGUCUACCUCGAUGACGUCGAUAUUUCAACCCUCAAUGUCCGCUGGUUGCGUCAGCAAAUCGCCCUUGUGUCCCAGGAACCGACCCUCUUCGCUUGCACUAUCUACGACAACAUUCGCCAUGGCUUGAUCGGUACCAAGUGGGAGUCUGAGUCCGUGGAGCAACAACGCGAGCGUAUCUAUGAGGCUGCCCGCAAGGCCAACGCGCACGACUUUGUUACCAGUCUUCCCGAGGGUUAUGAGACCAAUGUUGGUGAGCGUGGCUUCUUGCUCAGUGGUGGCCAGAAACAGCGUAUUGCUAUUGCCCGUGCUAUCGUAUCCGACCCCAAGAUCCUGUUGCUCGAUGAGGCCACCUCUGCUCUCGACACCAAGAGCGAAGGCGUCGUCCAGGCUGCUCUCGAAGUUGCCGCUGAAGGUCGCACUACUAUCACGAUUGCCCACCGCCUGUCUACCAUCAGGGAUGCCCACAAUAUCGUUGUCAUGACCCAGGGACGCAUCGUUGAACAGGGUACGCACGAUGAAUUGCUCGAGAAGCGCGGCGCUUACUACAAGCUCGUCACUGCCCAGGCUAUCGCGGCUGCCAAUGAGAUGACCGCUGAAGAAGAGGCGGCGCUUGAUCAGGAAGAGGAAGCGGCUCUUAUCCGCAAGGCGACCAGGAACAGCCAAAAGGAAGGACCUGCCGGCUAUGUGGAGGAUCCCGAAGAUAACAUCGCCCAAAAGUUGGAUCGCAGCAAGUCGCAACAGAGCGUCAGUUCCAUUGCUAUUGCCGCACGCAAGAAGGAAAAGCCCAAGGAGUACGGCCUGUGGACGCUCAUCAAGCUUAUUGCUAGCUUCAAUAAGAAGGAGUGGCACAUGAUGCUCAUUGGUAUCUUCUUCUCGGCCAUCUGCGGUGCCGGUAACCCUACUCAGGCUGUCUUCUUUGCCAAGCUCAUCAGCUCUCUCUCUCGCCCCAUUGUCAACGAAGAAAUCAGAGCCUCCAUCAAGUCCGAUGCCUCCUUCUGGUGCCUGAUGUACCUCAUGCUUGCUAUUGUACAGUGCCUCGCCUUCUCCAUCCAGGGCUGGCUCUUUGCCAAGUGCAGCGAGCGUUUGAUCCACAGAGUUCGCGACAUGGCCUUCCGCUCCUUCCUUCGCCAGGAUGUCGAGUUCUUUGACCGGGAUGAGAACUCGGCGGGUGCGCUCACCUCGUUCCUGAGCACCGAAACCACCCACGUUGCCGGUCUGUCUGGUGUCACCCUCGGUACACUGGUCAUGGUCACGACUACCCUCAUUGCCGCUUGCACUGUCGCUUUGGCCUUGGGCUGGAAGCUUGCUCUUGUGUGCAUUGCUACCAUCCCCAUCCUUAUCGGCUGUGGCUAUUUCCGCUUCUGGAUGAUUGCUCACUAUCAGCGCCGCGCGAAGAGCGCUUAUGCUGGAUCCGCCAGCUACGCUUCCGAGGCCAUCACUGCCAUGCGUACUGUCGCUUCCUUGACUCGCGAGCAGGACGUUCUUCAGCACUACAAAGACUCUCUGGCCAAGCAACAACAUGCCAGCUUGAUCUCGGUUCUCAAGUCCAGUCUUCUCUUUGCUGCUUCCCAGUCUCUCAUGUUCCUUGCUUUUGCCUUGGGUUUCUGGUACGGUGGUACUUUGAUUGCCAAGCACGAGUACGACAUGUUCACGUUCUUCAUUGUGUUCUCGUCCGUUAUUUUCGGUGCCCAGUCUGCCGGUUCCGUCUUCAGCUUCGCUCCCGAUAUGGGUAAGGCCACCGAGGCCGCUCGUGAGCUCAAGGAGCUCUUUGACCGCCAGCCGACUGUCGAUACCUGGUCGAAUGAAGGUGACUCCAUCAAGCAGGUUGAUGGUACCAUCGAGUUCCGCGAUGUUCAUUUCCGCUACCCGACUCGCCCUGAGCAACCUGUCCUCCGCGGUCUCAACCUGUCUAUCCAGCCUGGUCAAUAUGUCGCUCUCGUGGGCGCCAGUGGCUGUGGCAAGAGCACGACCAUCGCCCUUUUGGAACGCUUCUACGACCCUCUUAGCGGCGGCAUCUUUGUCGACGGACGCGAAAUUAGCAGCCUCAACGUCAACGAAUACCGCAGCUUCAUCGCCCUCGUCUCACAGGAACCAACGUUGUACCAGGGUACCGUCCGCGAGAACAUCAUCCUCGGAGCCAACAGCGACGUCACAGACGAGCAGAUCAAGUUCGCCUGCCAGGAAGCCAACAUCUACGACUUCAUCAUGUCUCUCCCCGAUGGCAUGAACACCAUGGUCGGCUCCAAGGGUGCAUUGCUCUCCGGUGGCCAGAAGCAGCGUAUCGCUAUCGCCCGCGCGUUGAUUCGCGACCCCAAGAUCCUGUUGCUCGAUGAGGCGACGUCCGCUCUGGAUUCCGAGUCCGAGCACGUUGUGCAGGCGGCGUUGGAUAAGGCUGCUAAGGGCAGGACUACCAUUGCUGUUGCGCAUCGUCUCAGCACCAUUCAGAAGGCGGAUAUCAUCUACGUGUUUGACCAGGGCAGGAUUGUGGAGCAGGGAACGCAUUCGGAGUUGAUGAAGAAGAAUGGAAGGUAUGCGGAGUUGGUUAACCUGCAGAGUCUGGAGAAGCAUUAAACGGUGAUGGGGACAGAGGAGUCGAAAAGUUUUAUGGCACUUGGCAUGGCGUUAUCUUAGAAAUGGUCUGAUCUUGGCAACUCUCAGCUCGGUUGUUGAAGGUCUUGGAAUUUUUGACGGAUUUUUGCACAUGUUAGACGAUACCACUGUAUGUACGUACGUAUUAUUAAUGGCUAGUAUGGUUGAAUGGAUGAGGGGGAUGUUUGAAUGGAAUAGACACCACUCACAAGAUACAAGAAUCUUUUUCGUUGACAGUUUCGAAGCCUGUGUUCUGAGUGAUCUCAGGAUGGGAAUGCCUUC